AUGUAUGAGAAUGUUGGAAAUCCAAAUUCAAUUCCGCCAGCUGGGCCAGGAGGCUAUGUUGGAACGCCGCAACAACCACCCCCACCUCCGGCGCCUCAGAGCAUGGCCGCGAUUCCUCCGCCUAUUGGUGUUAGCUUCAUGUCAAAGUUGGGUAUGUUAGUACUUUUUAUGUUGUUUUUGGUUUUAGGUUAUUUUCUGGAUCUAUUUUGAAAGAGUUUUAGGUGAUUUGUUGCUGAUUUUUGGGUUUUGGUUGAAUUAGAAGUUAAAGGAUGUUGUAGUACGUUGUUUUUGUCAUAACUUUUUUGAAAAAAUGGUUAAAGAUCUGAAAAUUGGGGUGAUUAAAGGUUCUUUAGUACGUGAACUGCUGGAAGGUUUAAAGGUUUUAAAUUCGUGUUGCUUUAAAAGUUACAGUACGUUAACCGUAGGUCAGUGACUUAAUUUUGGAAAUUUUUAGUAUUUUUGUCAUAACUUUUUAAAAAUUAUAUCUAGAGCCUUGAAAACUAAUGUGUUUAAAGUUUAUUUACUCUUCUAAGUAAUCUAUAAUUUAAAUUUUUUUAAUUAAAAAAAAUUUUAGAUGAAUCGUCAUCAGUAGUGGUGCCGUCGAUUCAAGAUACAAACGGAUGGAAAAGGCCACUAAAACCAAGCGAAAGACGUCCCAACAACAAGGCCAAGCUGAUCAAAUAUGUGUCUUUAACCGUAUUUUUAUUAUCUGGCAUUGUUCUUCUUACAAUUAUGGGUCUGCUGGUCGGACAGUAA